AUGUUGGAUAUAUCACUGGUACAGUUUGACUUCAAGCUGAUUACUCGUAACAGAGUUGAAAAGAGAACCAGGGAAUUGGCGUGUAUUUUGGAUCGAGAUGAGCUCUUCCAAGCAGACAAAUAUCUGUAUGUUGUUGAUCGAGCACAGCGGAGGCAUUUCGAAGCGCUGAAAGUGAUACUGAGGAUGAUAGGAAAGGAGGCUCUUGCGGAAAAGAUUGAACAUUUGCCCUAUGGGCGAGUGAAAGGAUUAUCGACGAGGUAA